AUGGGCAGUGCUCGUGGCAGCAGUGGCGCCGCCGUGCUGGCGCUGGUCCUCCUGUGCGUGCUCCUCCACGGCGAGUUCGCCGAGUCAGCGGUGUACACGGUCGGCGACCGCGGCGGGUGGAGCUUCAACACCGCCAACUGGCCCAAGGGCAAGCGCUUCCGCGCCGGCGACGUUCUCGUGUUCAGGUACAUCCCCUGGAUCCACAACGUGGUCGCCGUGGACGAGGACGGGUACAACGGCUGCACGACGCCGCCGGGGUCGCGGACCUACACGUCCGGCGCCGACAGCAUCACGCUCACCAGAGGGGAUAACUUCUUCAUCUGCACCCGGUUCGGCCACUGCAACCUCGGCAUGAAGCUCGUCGUCUAUGCCGCGUGA